AGAUUUAUCAUCACAUGACACCGAUAAAUACAAUAAUCAUCAAAAUUCGCAAGUCAAGAUUUAUCCCGGAUUAAAGAAACCUGCUUUAAAUAAGCUGAAAUCUACCUUUUCCGGAGCACUAAUUAUGAGAAUUCGAAGCCGUAAUGAUUAUGGUCAACUGAUUAGGAUUCCCAUUUCGGAAUGAAGUAAAAACAAUAAUUCCCAUCAGCACAACACAAGAUAGAAAAGAAGACGACGACACAACACAUAAUCAAAGUUAAAUAAAUCUCGUUACGUUUUAUAUUAUUAAUUUAAUAAGUUUAUGAGCAGAUUCUCUGCAGCAGCAGCAACAUCAUCGUUUUAUUCUGCUGUGUGUUUUGCAAUUCGUUAAGUUCAAGAAAGGGCGGUGUUGAUGUUAGAGCAACCUCCCUCCAAAUCAGCUGAAGCUGUCUCCUCUUUCAUUUUAUUUUCUGUUUGAGAUCUGCAAGCAUCAAAUUUCACAAAAACUUUCCAACUGGGCCUUCGCCAAUUCUGCUGCUGGAGAAAUCAAGAAAAUGGUACAACUAUUUGCUAGAACUUAGUCGUUGAUUCCUUGCUUUCGUGUGGGAUAUGCAAAUAUGGGUGGGGAAGGCCAUAUCUCCGAUUACAGAAGCCGGUUGGAGAAGACACUGACAUCACCUGAACUUACCAAUGAAGAAAUGGUUCAUACCCUUGUCAAGAAUCAAAUUUUGCAGACAAUGGAUUCUCAGUUAGGAGAAUACACUGACUGCGCGAUUGAAAGAAGGAGCAAAGAAGUGUUUAAGUUCCUCAGUGAGCUGAGGAGUGCUUCCAGCAAUGAUUCACACAGUAAUUGGAAAGUAAAACAAGACACUGAAGAAUUGCGAGUCAUGUAUCGGGAGGGGCCAGAGGGAACCCCUUUUCAUACACUACUUGCUGAAGGCUAUGUGGAUGGGCCAGUUGAUGUUUGUCUAUGCAUUUCGUCAGACGCUGACCUUUACAAGAAAUGGUGGCCUCAAAUCGCGAUUCCUACUUUCAGAGUUGCUGCAUCCUAUUGUGUCCAAAGAGUUAUAGAUGGCGAACAAAUAGCACUAGUGAGGAUGAAGCUUUCAUGGCCAAUGUCAGGCAGAGAAGUUAUAGUACAUUAUUUUACAUUUGAGUACUUCCAAGACGGCCUUGUCGUGGUGAUUCUUAACUCGAUCUCGGACUCAGAGACCAUCGACAGAAGUAUCCAUGGGUUCACCGGAGAGGGGAUACCUGAUGCACAGGGCGUCGUGAGAAUGGAUCUCUACGGAGGCUUUGCUUUAAAAAAAAUCACUGCAGAAAGAAGCUUCUUUAGGACGAUAGCAAAUCUUGAUAUAAAACUCGACUUUGUCCCUCCUGCAUUUAUCAAUUUUGUCGCGAGGCAGCUCGUAGGCAGUGGUUUCAAGCUAUAUAAAAAGCAAGUUGCUUCUGCGAAAGGCAACAUAGAAGUUCAAGAGGCUUUAAAAGAUCCUCUCUACACUCGUGUACGUGAGGCUCUUUAUAAAGAAGACAUGUCUCUGGUUUCUCCAGUUUUGGAGAAUGCGCUCACUAAUCUUGAACAACAAAGUAGUGACACAUUGCGCGACGAAUGCACCAUUGAUUCCAAAGCCAUGGAUCCAGACGCAAGCGACAGCAAAGUUGGCAAUGAAAUCGAGGAGUUUGAGGAGAAAGGCUCAGAACAGCAUUGUCGUCUAGCUGAGGAGAUCACGGUAGAGGAUAGGACAGACAUGAUGGAAGUUAGUACGACUGAGGUGGAACAAGGUCAUGAAAUAACAGAACAUUUCACAUGUGAUGUACAAACUAAGGUUAGCAUCAGUCCUGAGGUUCAAAGAGCUUUAGGAACACUGGAAAAGGCCAUUUCUAUACUCCGGGACUACAACCGUAGCCCUGGUCAAGUUCGGUCUGACCUCAACAACGGAGAUGUGUUGAGCUUGGAGAAUGAUGCUGCGACAGAAUCUAUCUCGUGGGAAGCUGAUGAAAUAAGGAAAAGAAACCAGGCUUGUGUCGAAUCAUCAAAACUUAGAUCGGCAGAAGUGGUUGUCCAAACUGCCAGAAGCAGCUCUGACAAUCAUAACUCCAGGCGCUCCAACUCCAGCGCGAGGGAAACAAACCAAAGCAAGAUUGCACCGGAUGAAGAUGGCAUGAGCCCGGCUCACAAUCUACUACCCUCUAUGGAUUCGGAGAGCACGAAAGGAGAGAAUUUGGUGAGUGCAGAAGCAAACAAUGCUAUCAAAGGAAGGAACAAUAAGAAAUUGAGGUUUUGUUGCUUAAGUUUUGGUUCUUGAUAGCUAGAGUAAGCUAUUGCAGGAGUUUGCAGUUUUUGUGAGCUCUUAUAGUGUUUAUGUACAUUGCUGGCUCUAGGCUUUCCAUUUUUCUUGAAUUUUCACAAAAAUAGUAAGGCUAGGGAAUAAGCUUUGGCUCUUUUAUUCAAGAUUGAAAUUUUAUGUUUGUAUAUUUAGUUUUAAAUUCCUCAGUAAGUAGGCAUAAGAUAAUUCGCAUUUGUAUUAUUGUAUAAUAGCUCCAUUUGGCUUCAACCUACAAAUAAAGACCACCUUUUUCUGUCUUUUA